CACGAAUCACCCUUCGACUCGUAACCAGACCCAAACGUCAGCCUCAUCACCACCUCCAAAUACUAGCCUCGACAAACUGCCCACAUUGAAUCAACCUGGAAUCAAUAUAUGACCAAUCGCUGACAAAUUCAACCGCAAGACAAGCCCUAUAUAAUCCAUCAUCCUGCAUCUUCCACUCAUACCAUCCUCCUAAUCAUCCUCUACAAUACAACCAUCACCAUGUCCGAAGGCUUCUCCCUCCACAUCACCAUUCACAUCAACCCCUCUGACCUCCCCAAAUUCUGGGAGGCGUUCCGGCCCGUCUACGAGAAGGUGAUUGGCGAGCCUGAAUGCACUUUCUUUGAGGUUUAUCAGUCCCCUGAGGAGCCGGGGACUUUGAGUUGGGUGGAGAAUUGGUCCAAGUCGAAGGAAUGGUUACUCGAGAAUCAAAUCACCAAGGAUUAUUACCGUGAUUAUCUGGCCGUGACUACUCCGAUGUUUGUUAAGCCGAGGGAGGUUAAGUUGUUGAGUCGGGUCGCUUCGUACAAUAUGGUUAAGCGGUCGAAUGGAGGGUUUCAUGAUUAGGGGGAGAUGUUUGAAAGGUUAUGAGGUUUAUGAGAUGACAUGUAUAUCUGCUUAAUGGAGAGAGGAGAAAUAUCUGCUUAGAGAGACACCUAUAUGUGAUUCACGUGAAACCAACAUCCUCCAUCUAGUGAGGCUAGUGGCUUGCAACCUGCCUGUAGUAUAUCGAGUUUCAGCG